AUGUACCCCUGUCAGACAGUUCAAAUAUUCGUAGAGUUGAAGGACAUCAUCAACAACGUCCACUACAAGAACUACCGCAGUAAGAAAAUUGCUGCGGUCACGUGUAACGGAGUGGACACCUCCAAGACCAAGGGCCAGCUCACCAAGAGUCCCCUGGCUCAGAUGGAGGAGGAGCGCAGGAAGCAUGUGAUGAAAAUGAAGAAGAUGGAGGCAGAAAUGGAACAGGUGUUUGAGAUGAAAGUCAAGGAGAAGAAGCAGAAACUGAAGGACUCAGAGGCUGAGCUGGAGCGACGCCAUGAGCAGAUGAAAAAGAACCUGGAGGCGCAGUUCAAAGAGCUGGAGAAGAGGCGAGUGUUCGAGGAGGAGAAGGCCAGCUGGGAGGCUCAGCAGAGAAUCCUCGAGCAGCAGAAGCCGGACGCCUCCAAGACGAUGGAAAAGAACAAGAAGAAAGGAAAGGAGCUGAGGCAUGGUCUCACCGCAAACUGGGAAAAACUAAACUGGUAA